AUAAAAAAGAGGGAGAGACCUUUUUUACAAAGGGACGGCAUAACUCCAAAAAUAAACAGGAAUUGGUGAAGAUUUCUGUUGGAGUAAUGAGGAGGAUGGAUGGCUGCCUUAAACCUUUGAGAGGGAGGUCACUUCCCCUUAAUGUUGAACCUCAAUGGGCAUGUGAAGAACUGUUGGCUGCUGCCAUAAAAAAGCAGAAAGCCUUUAACCAGGACUUGGAAGAUGGUGCCCAUGUCUUGUUGUACCCUGAUGCGAGGGUGAUAACAAAUAUCCCCGGAACGGACACCCCUUUCACAGUACAGAUGUACAAAGAGGCCAUUGGAAAGCCCUACCAACGAAUUACGUUGUACAUCUGUACUCUUGAAGCCGUUGAAAACAGUUGUUACACUGGAACAACCUCUUCAAGUGACGAGGACAGUGUGGUUUUUGCAAAGUUGCCAUCUGGAGACAGUCUUGCUGACACCGUGGUGUGGGACUUUCCAAAUGAACAGAGCACUCCCAGAAUGGACAACAGUUUGCCAGGACCUCUCAGGCACCCACAACCAGCGUCUGAUCGGGAUGGAGAACCAACCCCAUUCCAGGAAGAGGUCCAGUCUGCCCCGGGUCAGAACACCUUCUAUAGCAACUACACAACUGUGUAUGCACUUAUCAUUAUUGACAGCCAGUCUGAGCCAGAAGAGGAAACGGAGCAAACUGCAGAGGAAAUGUAUUAAAUGUUACUUUUAUCACUUGAUUUUUUUAUUCUAUACUGUAAAUCUUAUUAUAGCUUCAUCAUUUAAUAUUACAAUACAUCACUUUGUCUUUCCCAGCACAGAAUACCUGA